GGGAGGGAGGGAGGCGGCGAGGGAGGCGGGGGCCUCGAGAGGGUGGAAGGAGGGAGGAGAAGGGCGGGGCACGGAGGCCCGAGCAAGGGACGAGACUCCAACUCUUGACUUUUUCCGCGGCUCUCGGCUCCCAUCACAGCCAUGUCGCUCCUCCUGCUGGUGGUCUCUGCCCUUCACAUCCUCAUUCUCAUCCUGCUUUUUGUAGCCACUUUGGACAAGUCUUGGUGGACUCUCCCGGGAAAGGAGUCCCUGAACCUCUGGUAUGACUGCACGUGGAACAACGGCACCAAAACCUGGGCCUGCAGUAACGUUAGUGAGAAUGGCUGGCUGAAGGCGGUGCAGGUGCUCAUGGUGCUUUCCCUCAUCCUCUGCUGUCUGUCCUUCAUCCUGUUCAUGUUCCAGCUCUACACCAUGAGGAGAGGAGGGCUCUUCUAUGCCACUGGCCUCUGUCAGCUUUGUACCAGUGUGGCAGUGUUCACAGGGGCCCUGAUCUAUGCCAUUCACGCCGAGGAGAUCCUGGCCAAGCACCCCCGUGGAGGCAGCUUCGGCUACUGCUUCGCCCUGGCCUGGGUAGCCUUCCCCCUCGCCCUGGUCAGCGGCAUCAUCUACAUCCACCUGCGGAAGCGGGAGUGAGCGGAAGCCCCCAUGAGUAAUAAAAUUGUUUAAACACGG